AUGGAUCCUAUGUUUAUUGCUAUCGCUUAUGCAGGUGGAAUUGUUCUCAAGAUUGAAUAUCCAGACACUACAGGAACAUGGUCCAAGGAACAAGUUGAGGCCUGGAAACCAAUUGUCCAGGCAGUGCAUAACAAAGGAGGGAUUUAUCCUUCAACUUUGAACAGCUGCCAUUUUGCUCUAGAGAUCCUGGAAGCUGUUUGCAAGGAGAUCGGAGUUGGAAUCCGGGAGCCUCUAACUCCAACCCACAAAUUCAGCCUCCUCUACAUCCAUUUUGUGGAGCCCUGA